AUGAGGCAAAUUGUAAGGAACUUACAAGGUCAAAAUGUCAGAAGAAAACCAAGAAAAGCCAAAGUUCCGAUCGCUCGCAGAAUCCUACUUAAGAAAUUGAUGCUUGCAAAUGCAUGCAAGCAACUGGAAAAAGAAAAGAGCGAGCGAGAUACUGAGAAAAGUCGUAUGCUUAACGAGUGUGUGCCACAAUUUAACACGUCAAGUCUUUCAAUUCAGGAACUUCAGAAUAUCUGUAAACAAUUCCACCAGAAAAUUGAUCGUGUCGAUGCAGAGCGUUAUGAUGCUGAAGUUAAAGUGUCCAAGAAUGCCAAAGAGAUUGAAAGCUUAAACCAGAAGAUCUUAGAUCUCAAAGGCAAAUUCAAACGCCCCACCCUACGUCGGGUCAGAGUAUCUGCUGAUGAAAUGUUGGGUGCUCUAGCAGAAAAUACUUGCAAAACCUCAUUGGAUUUGAGGUCGAAUCUAAAAUCAGUGAGAAAGGAAGAAGAAAAGGAACACAAACCAGUUGAAGUCCAUGACUGGCGUAAGAAUGUGGAAGCAAUGUCUGGGAUGGAAGGACGAAAGAAGAUAUUUGAUAGCGCUGCUCCUCCUCAGUAACAGAUCUACUGAUGAGGACUUGGAAAGCAUUCAGUUGUCAUUCACAAUUUAUCAUAAUAAAUCUCAGAAAGGCAAUUUUUUCAAAAUUAAAGAUCAUUUUAGAAAGUGUGUGUUACAUGCUCUAUAAAAGGAAAAUGCAUCUGAAAGACAGUAUUCCAACUGAGAUGUGGAGCCUCAUUUACAAGACUGAACUGUAUGUUCAAUAAGAAUAAUAAGCCACUGGAUGAGUCUUGCGUGUGUGAAUUUAUGAAGCAGUAAUGAAGAUGGAAAACAGAUGACCUGAACUCUCUCAAUGCAAAUUACUUUCCAAAUCUCAAAACAAGAAUGUAUUUUCCUCUCAUAGAAAUGAUCUGUAGCUUUUCAUUGAGGAUUGCACUAAAGAAAAGUUAGCAAAGUAUACAGAAUCAACUUAGUUUUAAAAGAAAACAGCCUGGUAAUAUUUUGAAAUUUGUGCUUUGCAAACUGCAAAUGACAUAACUACUAUGGAGUAAACAACUGCUUUGGUCUUUUAGAAGAAGUUCAAACAUUUGUAAAAUAUUCCAAAGGCCCCGAGUUUGAAUUUAAUUUACAAUUUAUAUAUUGGUGAUAUUUUAGUAUAAUGAUUUAGAAAUCAGCUUUAUGAGACAAAUGUUAUUGUUAGUUUGUCAUGAUCUCAAUAAUGGCAACUGGUAAAUAUUUAUUUUAAAAAUAUAAAAUUGAUCAGUUCUAAUAAAAAUGUAAAUAUAAUAGAUAUGAUCAUUGUAAUUAAAA